AUGGGGGGCUCACACAAAAGCACACGCAAACCGCGAAAAGCCUUUAGUUCAGCCGAGAGAUAGAUAAGGAAGAAAAGAAUCUGUUUGUUCUGCGAUAAUAUCGAAGGAAAUGGCAGCAGAAGAAGGCCAGGUCAUCGGUUGUCACACUGUCGAUGCAUGGAACGAGCAGCUCAAGAAGAGCAACGAAACUAAGCAGCUGGUGAUCGUUGAUUUCACUGCAUCUUGGUGUGGACCAUGCCGCUUUAUAACUCCUUUCUUGGUGGAGCUGGCUAAGAAACUGCCUCAAGUUUUGUUUCUUAAGGUUGAUGUUGAUGAACUCAAGAGUGUUGCUACAGAUUGGGCUGUGGAGGCAAUGCCGACCUUUAUGUUCUUGAAGGAAGGGAAGAUUGUGGACAAGGUGGUUGGAGCAAAGAAAGACGAACUGCAGCAAACCAUUAACAAGCACUUGGCCACUGCUUCUGCCUAAUUAUCAGAUAAUAUGCAUCUUCCUUCAGCUUAAGAGGAUAUAGACCUCAAUAUAAGCUUGUAGUGUGGUCUUAAUUAUGUGAUAAUUUGCGUUUUGUCUUUAGAUUUGGAGGCUAUGGUCCUCGACGAUUCCCUUAGUGUGGACUUAUAUCUAAAUAUUUUAUAUAUUUAAGCAGACUUGGUUGUGUA